GGCAGCGAUGGUAGAGUUUUAGUUGAGACUGCCAAGNGUGAACUCUUAAAUGCGGGAGGAGACCAGAGACUAGUUCUUGAUGAGUUGGGGCAGUCUGAGGCAUCUCGUGACUUUGGGUAUUGUCGGCGCAUUUGCCUGGAAGAGGUGGCUCGGGCUCUUCAAUUCGCGGGAUGCGUAGUGGGAGAGCUUUGGGACCGGAUGAGAUUCCGGUGAAGUUUUGGAAGCAUGUGGGUCGUGGUGGGUGGGUUUAGCUAACCAAACUAUUCAAUGUUAUCUUUCGGACAGCUAGGAUGCCUGAUGAGUGGAGGGAGAGUCUCUUGGCCCCCCUGUUUAAAGGCAAUGGUGACAUUCAGAGCUGCGAGAAUUACAGAGGCAUCAAACUGAUUAGCCACACCAUGAAGGUUUGGGAGCGAGUCAUUGAGCAUAGGGUGCGGAAAGGGGUAUGGAUUUCUGAGAACCAGUUUGGUUUCAUGCCUAUCAGAUUGACUACAGAGGUUAUUCACCUCGUGCGGAGGUUAAUGGAAGAGUAUAAGGCUAGGAAGAAGGACCUUCAUAUGGUGUUUAUUGAUCUUGAGAAGGCAUACGAUAGGGUGCCAAGGGAGGUUUUAUGGAGGUGCCUUGAGUCGAGAGGAGUUCCCAUCGCGUACACUCGCGCGAUCAAGGAUAUGUACGAUGGAGGUAGGACUAGGGUAAGGACCACCAGGGGCGACUCUGAGUCAUUCUCAGUAGGGAUGGGAUUACACCAGGGGUCUGCCCUUAGCCCUUUUUUGUUCGCCUUGGUGAUGGACGUCUUGACACAAGGUGUUCGAGAAGGGGUCCCAUGCGAUCGGGAAACGGAAUCAGAAGUGGAAGUUAGGAUUGACUCUCACCUAGUGCCUAAGGUAGACAAGUUUCGAUAUCUUGGCUCGGUAAUUCAAGCUGAUGGGGAGUUAGACGGGGAUGUUGGACAUCAUGUUGGAGUGGCUUGGGCCAAAUGGUGGUUGGCUUCAGGGGUGUUGUGUGAUCCAAAGAUUUCGCCCAGGAUAAAAGGCAUGGAGCCGGUGGAAGAUAAGCUGCGGGAAGCGAGGUUGAGAUGGUUUGGUCAUGUGAGACGGUGGAAUGCUGAUGCCCCUGUACGGAGAUGCGAGAGGAUUACGGUUGUCGGGAGAAGUAGGGGAAGAGGUAGACCUAGGAAGUAUUGGAAGGAGUUGGAGCCAGAUAUCCCUUGGAAACAGCCUCCCUACUACCGAGUAGGGGCAAUGUCUGCGUACACACACCCUCCCCAGAUCCUAAUGUAGUGGGAUUCAACUGGGUUGUUGUUGUACUUAAUAUUUUAAAUAUCUUAAUAGUACUUAAUUUAAUUAUUAAUUAUGUAAUAUUAAUCUAAAGAUACAUAAAUACCCCUCACCCGUAACUAUAGCUUGCAUUUUAGAACUGACCUUUUGUUCUCCCGCCCAUACCGCCAUAAUUAUUCUCCAAUAUAAGCGUUUAGGGACU